AUGAAGAUUUCCGAUCUUCCUCACGAUCUGGAAUGGGAAAUACUCGCUAGGGUUCCGGCCAAGUCUCUAGCGAAAUCGGAAACUAUUUGCAAACGAUGGUACACUUUGUUCAGAGAUGAAAGUUUUGUCAGAAAGAACAAGAAGUUGGGUAAAUCAGUAAGGGAGUCUAUGAUACUACGUAAGUAUGGGGUUUAUUCAACCGGUGACGAUCUGCAUGGAAUUCACAACAGUACCGGCGAUGAUCGAUCUAUUCUUUUUUCCGGUAAACUUAGUUAUCUAAAGAAGGAUCUAGAAGAAAAGGAUGUGGAAAUAUCUCAAAUAUUUCACUGCGACGGUUUGAUAUUAUGCUCCACUCAACGAAACACUAGACUUGUGAUUUGGAAUCCCUGUACAGGUCAAACGAGGGAGAUCAAACCCAGAACUCGUUACCGGAUUGAAGAUACCUAUGCUCUAGGAUACGCAAACAACAGCAAAAGGCCUCAUUCUUCUUCCUCUUCUUCUCCCCAUAGCCACAAGAUCUUGAGGUGUUUCUAUCACGGAAACGAGCAGAGUGUCAAGGUUGCGUUUGAGAUGUAUGAUCUUAGCUCUGGUUCUUGGAGGGUUCUUGAUAACUUAACUCGUUACGAUUGCAUAUUUAGACACGGAGUGUCUUUGAAAGGAAACACUUACUGGGUUUAUGGAUAUAAAGGAACUGGUCUUUUCGUGAUGAAGUUUGAUUUCACAACAGAGAAGUUUGUGCGUCUCUCUCUUCCCUCACACAGCUUUCCCCAUGAACUUUCGGCUCCAAUAUCUGUUGUUAGGGACGAAAAACUCUCGGUUUUACAUCUGGAUAUUCAACAGUCUUCGUGUGUGGUGAAGAUUUGGGUGACCAAUAAGGUUGAUGAUGAAGACAAAGACUUGUCUUGGAGGAGCGUGUCCGUGUUAGAGGUGGAUUAUCGUAAAUUUGGGUUACAAAGUUUGGUGAAUGUGUCAAGCUUCUUGUUGGACGAAGAGAAUAAAGUGGCAGUGUGUUGUGAUAUGGACUAUGAAGAUGAAUAUAGGAACUGCAUUACAAGAAUCUGCAUUGUUGGAGAAGAUAUGUAUAAACAAGUUUACAAAGAGAUUGGAAAAGGGUCUUCUUUCAAUUGGCCACUUCUCCUCACUUAUGUUCCAAGUUUGGUUCGCAUUUAG